AUCCCAGCCCCGGUGCCCAGCUUCACCCGCGUUCUCCGCCCGCCCGGGCGCCGCUGUGGGCAUGGAGGAGGGACGGCGGCGAGCGCAGCGCUGGGCUUGUGGCUCUGGGGAUCCUCGUCUCUGCCUUGGCGCUGAGGUGUGCUGACCAUGCUGCCCCCGCCCGAGCCCCCCGAGCAGCGGCAGCGCGUGUAGGCUUUGCCGUGCGCAUCCAUGGAGCCGGACCCCCAGGCCAGCAUGCAGGUGGGGAUGAGGGUUGUGCGCGGAGUGGACUGGAAGUGGGGCAGCCAGGACAGCGGCGAGGGCAACGUGGGCACCGUGGUGGAGAUCGGCCGCACGGGCAGCCCCACCACGCCCGACAAGACCGUGGUGGUGCAGUGGGACCAGGGCAACAGGACCAACUACCGCACGGGCUUCCAGGGCGCCUACGACCUGCUGCUCUACGACAACGCCCAGAUAGGUGUCCGUCACCCCAACAUCAUCUGCGACUGCUGCAAGAAGCACGGCAUCCGCGGCAUGCGCUGGAAGUGCAAGCUGUGCUUCGACUACGACCUGUGCACGCAGUGCUACAUGGGCAACAAGCACGACCUGGCGCACGCCUUCGAGCGCUACGAGACCGCGCACUCGCAGCCGGUUCUCGUGAGCCCUCGGCAGAACCUGACUCGCAUCACCCUGAAAGGAACUUUCCAGGGGGCCAAAGUGGUCCGUGGGCCCGACUGGGAGUGGGGCAACCAGGACGGGGGUGAGGGCAAGAGCGGCCGCGUGGUCGAUAUCCGGGGCUGGGACGUGGAGACAGGCCGCAGCGUCGCCAGCGUCACCUGGGCCGACGGCACCACCAACGUCUACAGGGUGGGCCACAAGGGAAAAGUGGACCUCAAAUGCACCGUGGAGGCUUCUGGGGGCUUCUACUACAAGGAGCACCUCCCAAAAUUAGGCAAACCAGCGGAGCUGCAGAGGAAGGAGAGCACGGACAGACACCCGUUCCAGCACGGGGACAAGGUGAAGUGCCUGCUGGACAUCGACAUCCUGCGCGAGAUGCAGGAGGGCCACGGCGGCUGGAACCCCAAAAUGGCUGAGUUCAUCGGGCAGACCGGGACCGUGCACAGGAUCACGGACAGGGGCGACGUGCGGGUGCAGUUCAACAGCGACACCCGCUGGACCUUCCACCCCGGAGCCCUGACCAAGCUCAACACCUUUUGGGUUGGUGAUGUGGUCCGGGUGAUAGAUGAUAUGGAAACGGUGAAGCGCUUCCAACCUGGUCAUGGGGAGUGGACAGAUGAGAUGGCACCUACCCUGGGGCACAUUGGGAAGGUGAUCAAGGUCUAUGGGGAUGGAGAUCUGCGAGUGUCAGUGGGGGGACAGUCGUGGACCUUCAACCCUGCCUGCCUGACGGCCUACCAGCGGGAGGAGGAGGCCAACCUGAUGACCACAGAGAGCGCCAAGGAGCCCAAAAGUACUUUGGUGACCGUGCUGGAGAAGCUGCUGUCCCAGAGGACAGAGUCCGAGCAUGCAGGGUGCCUGGUCAUUUGUGCAGCCCUCAACAAUGCAGCCAAAAUCCGCGAGCUCCUCCAGAAAUACCCAGACAAGGUGGAUGCCAAGAACCAGGGCAGGACUGCCCUGCAGAUUGCCUCCUACCAGGGGCACCUGGAGGUGGUGAGGGCUCUGCUGCAGGCCCGGGCCAGCGUGGACCUGCGGGACGACGAGGGGGACACGGCGCUGCACUACGCAGCCUUCGGCAACCAGGCCGAGGUUGCCCGUGUGCUGCUGGCCAAGGGGGCCAGUGCAGACCUGCUGAACAAUGCCCAGUGCAGCGCCCUGUUCGUCGCCGUCAGCCAGGGCUUCACCGAGGUGGUGAGAGCCCUCUGUGAGCUCAGCUGUGAUGUCAACCUCCCAGAUUCCCAGGGAGACACCCCCCUGCAUUAUGCCAUCACCCUGGACUACAAAGCCGUGAUUGAGAUCCUCACUGAAGUUCCCAACAUCGAUUUCACAGUCCAGAACUGUCAAGGCUUCAACCUGCUCCACUAUGCUGCCCUGAAAGGCAACAAGCUAGCCAUCAAGAAGAUUCUGGCCAGGGCUCGACAGCUGGUGGAUUCCAAAAAGGAAGACGGAUUCACUGCCCUGCACCUUGCUGCUCUCAACAACCACAUGGAAGUGGCUGAAAUUCUCAUCAAAGAGGGUCGCUGUGACGUGAACGUGAAGAACAGCAGGAAGCAGAGCCCCCUGCACCUGGCAGUGAUCCAGGGCCACGUGGCCAUGGUGCAGCUGCUGGUGAGCCAGGGCAGCGACGUCAACGCCGAGGACGAGGACGGUGACACCGCCAUGCACAUGGCCCUGGAGCGGCAGCAGCUCCUGGCCCUGGCCCUGGAGAAGAGGGACGGGGAGAUGGGAGCCGCCCUGCUGGCCAAGCUGCAGGCUUCUGGCUUCCUGGGGAACGUGGAGCUGAACGUUGGGACAGCCAUUGCCUGCUACCUAGCCCAGGAAGGAGCAGACAUUAAUUAUGCAAAUCAUCGGGGAAAAUCUCCCUUGGACCUCACCACAGAUGGGAGGAUUGUCCAGAUCAUCAAAGACUUCUCACAGAAAUUCAGGGAUCGGCAGGUGUGCCCGCAGAGCGCCCCCGUCACCUGCAGCCUGCGGCGCGUGCACACCACGCCCAACACCAUCACCAACCUGAGCGUGCCCGGCGCGGCCGCGCCCUCCGAGUGCCUGGUCUGCUCCGAGCUGGCCCUGCUCAUCCUCUUCUUCCCCUGCCAGCACAGCAUCGUCUGCGAGGAGUGCUCCAGGAGGAUGAAGAAGUGCAUCAAAUGUCAAGUGACAAUAACCAAAAAGCUGAAACAAGACAGCACGGAGGUGGAGUGCAGCCCCAGCUCGGAGGGCACGGAGCAGAGGAAGCUGAUGGAGGAGCUGCAGAGCCGCUACCGGCAGAUGGAGGAGAGGAUCACCUGCCCCAUCUGCAUCGACGACCAGAUCAAGCUGGUGUUCCAGUGCGGGCACGGCUCCUGCCCGGACUGCAGCACGGCGCUGACCGUGUGCCCCAUCUGCCGCCAGGCCAUCCGCGAGAGGAUCCACAUCUUCGUCUGAGGGAGGAUCCAAUCUUUGUCUGAGGGAGGAUGCACAUCUUUGAGGGAGGAUCCACAUCUUUGUCUGAGGGAGGAUCCACAUCUUCGUCUGAGGGAGGAUCUGCCUCUUCCUCUGAGGGAGGAUCCACAUCUUCAUCUGAGGGAGGAUCCAAUCUUUGUCUGAGGGAGGAUCCAAUCUUUGUCUGAGGGAGGAUCCGCCUCUUCCUCUGAGGGAGGAUCUGCAUCUUCGUCUGAGGGAG